GUCACUUUCUGGGGAACAACACAGUCAUCGACGUCCUUCGGCAGGCAGGGCUGGAGGUGGAGCACACGCCCGCAGGACAGACCAUCCACAGCCCUGUUGCCCGGACCCCGGCACCUCCACCCGAGGGGACCUCGGCGAGUCCCGCCCAAGCGACCCCAGCUGCUGCCAUCCCUGCGGUCCCCUCGGCAGCCCCCACUGCCCUGCCUGAGGAGGAGGACCCAGCCCUGUCCCCGCACCUCCUGCUCCCCGACAGCCUCAGCCAGCUGGAGGAGUUUGGGCGACAGAAGAAAUGGCACAAGAGGCAGAACAAACACCAGCGGCCGCGGCAGUUCAAUGACCUCUGGGUCCGCAUCGAGGACAGCACCACCGCCUCGCCACCACCACUGCCCUUCCAGACCACGCACAGCUCCGGAACAGCCAAGCCCCCCUUCCAGCUCUCCGACCCACGCCAGCAACAGGAAGAGCCGGGGCUGGCCAGCAGCUCAGCGCCCAGCCGCUCACAGCCCGCCCUGGGCCUCCUCCCCGCCAUCGCUGCCAGCAUCACAGCCCCCUUCCUGCUGCACACCCUUGGGCUCUCCUGACCUCGGCCGCCCGCCUCCCUGCCAGGUGCAGAGAAAGAAGCCAGAGAAACCGACGGGAGGGUCUGCGGCCACACCCACGGCCCCUGCCACCACCUCCAGGGGUGCCGGACACCUCAUGGGUAGUCCAGACGGGAUCCGUUAGAACACUAGAGCUUUAUUGUACCCGAGUUACAUCUUCUUUUUUGUAGAAGGAUCUUAAUUUCCCAUAGUGCUAUGGGGCUGUUUUGUAAAAUAUGUGUCCAUAUUAAAAAAGGAAAAUGUAUUUAUUCUACUGAUAAAAAUAUUUUUAUGUGGCCAAUGUUAAUAACACUUUAACUAGCCCCAUCGCCAACCCAGGAGGUGAACCCAGGUUGCCAGGACGUCUGCGACCUCAUGGGG